UAAAGAUCAAUCCCACACAGAUGUCUUUAAACUAAAGGUAAUAUGUGAACAUCCCAACACAUACACAUUCACAUCAAAUGACUUACUCCAUCAACUAUUUAUUACGAAAAGGGCAGAGUGAAGGUAGCAGGACAUCUGUUACAUCAGCAAAUGAACCAUUGAGCACUAAGUGUGCUGUGAGGAACUUGCUUAAAACAUGGUGAAGUGAUGGUUUUGAAGCACUUUGAGAUAAUUUCUCAUUAUUCCCUAGAGGAGAGAAGGAGAAAGUAUCCAUGGAGACCAAAGAUGGAGCUGUAAAAUAGGAGGUCAUGUUGUUCUGUGAACAAACUAUACUCCUAUAUCUUAUUCUUCCUCAUGCACUAAUCGAGUCAUUGUUUAUCUGCUCCAUAAUUUGGCUUUUUCCAAGCAAAUCACAAUGCACUUAACUCCAGUAACAUAACAUGCAUGUUUACCAUUAAUUUCAGUUUUAGUUAAGUAUCUUGGUAUGGUACAAUGGCCCCUUUUAACACACUAAAUAUAAAGCAGGGUAAGAUUGAUCUUGAAGGAACAUUUGGAUUUGAUCACUCAAACUACCUACGCAGAUUAGCAGUGAUGCAUUUGGUCAUGUCACAUUUGUAGUGGAAAACUAAUGCAUCUAACACAAACGUCAUCCAAAGGGAAAUAAAGAUUAUUUUGUGACCCCACUGAUAGUCUUUAGUUUUUGUCAUGUUUUAAGCAUUAACUCACCUAAAUUUGGUCUUUUUUCUCAGACAACAGUGCUUCAUUUCUUACAUCUUAUGGCUUCUCAAGAAAUCUUGCUUUAAGAUUUUUUAGAUAACCAGUAAUGUAUAAUUCAAUUUCAUUAGAAAAAAAAAGUAAUUUAAAAACGACAAAACAGUGGAGGUUAUGUGAAACAGGUGCUCCAAAAAAGUUUGAGAAACCCUGUAAAGAAUGUGGGAGUAGAACAGGAGUAGAAAACAUUUAUCGUUCCACUCUUGUAUUUUUCCCGGUAGUUUGUGAUGAUUUAAUGUAAAGAGGCCACUCAGACAGACUGAAAAUGCUCAGUCCAAAUGAACUUCCUCCAGACUAACCAAAACAUCUGACGUAAGUUAAUUGAAUGUCAUCAGAGCAGACUAAAGUGAUUAAAUUGCAUGAUGUUUUUAAACAUCUCCCAAUGAUUGCUGCAGCUGCUUUAGAUUCCUGCCUCGUUCUGCACAGGCUCAGGUGUGUACUGGUCUCAUCGCAUAACAUAUUCUGCAGGUUUAAUAGUUUUCCACACAGCUGACCCCCGUGUCUCUUUGCAGAAAUCAGGACUAAAUACUGCACUCUUCAUCGGAGAUGAUCGAGCUGGCAGUGCUGACAGAAGCUCGCCGUUCCAGCAUUUUUCUGCUCAAGAACGAGUCCUCCAAAGUCAAUCAGCAAUCAGCUAUCUUCCCUCAGAUAGUCGACUAUGAGGAAAAACUGUGUCCAUGAUCCUAAAGGACUGCUGCUCAAUCUGAUGCUCUCUGCGCGCGGGAAAGCUCUUCCCGCCUCCAGCGCGCGCGUCGAUCUCUGGAGCGCUCGGCCCCGCCCCCCUCCGAACUACAUCAGCUGACCCGAACUUUUCUCACCCCAUCAGAAGACACGGAUCAACCUAUGCGAACUCUUCUACGCUGUCCAUUCAGGGUCCAUGCUGCUGUCCUGUCCUCUGCUGGGGGCCUCUAAACGGGCGCAUCACUGACUUCAUUUGGGUCCAAGCCUAGCUGCAGUUUGACAUCCCUCAGUUCAUGUUGGAGUGAGACUGAAUUCUGUCUGAAAUCUGUGAAGUGCUGAAGGAUGAUGCCCCGGACAGGCGGUGCUCUAGUUUUCCUCCUGCUGGCUGUGGUCAGAAGUGCAGUGUCCAGCAGAGAGCUGCAGUGCUCCAUGUGGCCUGUGGGGGCGCUGCAUCCAGUGCGGGCUCAACUGGAGCGCUUCGAGGCGGGACCAGGUUGUGCGGCCAGAGAGGGUGGAGCUAAAGAGACCCACGUGAUUUCUGUGGGCAAAGCCUCCAACAAACAGGUAACAGUAGUGUUAAGACCUCUGACCGUCUCUCUGCCCAUCAACCGGCCGGUGAUUCUGGUGCUGAGCUCCCGGCAUGCCGUGCAUUGGGUGUUGGAGAAUGAAGGACUGUCGCACAACAUCAACGUGCUGGUGCAGGUGUCUCUCAACUCCACAGCCGUCUCUUCGAGUUUGUCCAUCCGCGUGACACAGGUUCCCUCUCUGCCACGGCGUCCUCGGGUCCUUCUGCGCUGGGUCCUCCAGCGUCACGCCACCGUCUCGUCACUCACACACACUGUGCGCGCGAACCGUGUUUACCUCCGUCUGGGAGAGGAUGCAAGCAUGCCGAGCGAGUGCCGCCUGCAGUCUCCGUUUCUGUCCCAAAACUAUCUGGCCUCAGAGCUGCAGGAGCAGGAGAUUCACGGCUGUGUCCCGUCAGACCAGCCCACGGAGACGGAGGUCCACAUCAUUCGCCUCUGGUCCUCAGGAUCCGGUCUGUGCGGCUCUCUGCAGGUGGAGGUGUCUGUCUCUCUGCUGCCUCCAGUGGCUUGUUCAGCGUAUCACAGGAUUGUCCUGAUCCUCAGCAGUGCGGUUCCAGUCAACUGGGCUCUGGUGGCUCCAGAGGUCAAAGGCCACGUCAGGGUCUAUUCGUCUAACAGCGUGAGUCCGCCGUACCGAACUCAAUCCCCCAGCCUCAGCGUGACCAGCACCGUGACCUCUGACCUCCUCAGCACCCCCGACCUUCUAGAAUGGGCCAAUCAGAACGGCUUUCCCAAAGUGACCUCGUACACUGAGGCUGAUCUGGCCAAUCGCUUCGUCGUCAGGCUAAGAGCAGGAGGGUCAGACACAGACCUGAGGUCUUCAGACGGGGGGCAGGAUGUCAGCAGCGAGGCGCUCAGCUGUCACUGUGAGAGCGGAGCUCUUACUGUUACUGUGGACACACAGAUGCUACAGAUUUUUCCAGUGUCGGCAGUGACCCUGCGAGAUCACAACUGCCACGGUGAAUUUAAUGGAAGCCAUUUCCUGUUGCUUUUCCCGGUCAUUUCCUGUGGGACGGAGGGAGAAAUGGAUGAAGUGAACAGAAGAGUUCAUUACACAAAUACAGUGUUCCUGUGGAAACGGAAACCAUCCGAAGGUUUGAACAAUGAGACAGACGUGGAGGUGUCGGACGAGACCAGUCUGAUAGCCUUUCAUAUCAGCUGUGAAUCGUCUCUGGUCACUCCUGCGAGACCAACAGCCACGGCUCCGUCCUCCAGGCCUGAGGAGGCGCUGCGCUUCAGUCCCUGGGUCCCGAGAGGCCACGGCGCUCCGGUGCUGUCCAUGGAGCUGUUUGUCACCGAGGCCUACGAGAGGAGAGCCGUGGGGCCCUGCGUGAUCACCGCGUACGACCGCGUCUACGUGCAGAUCUCGGUGGGUUCUGGUGUUUCGGAGGCCGUGGAGGUCCAGUCGUGUCUGGUCUCUCCUCUCUCGGAUCCACACGCUCACAGCGGCUGGUCCAUCAUCAGAGACUCCUGUCCGUCUGACCCGUCCUUCAAACUGAGCCACAGAGAAGCCCAGGAAUCCACAGACGGCACAGGACACGAGGACGAUGAGGACGAUGAGGAAGAUGAGAAGACUGAAGGGAAAGACGACAGGAGACUGUCGCAGCCGCUCUCUCGCUGGAGACAGAUGGCGAGCCGCCCUGGAGAUGAGAGAGCCAGGCGAAAUAAUAAAGUGAAGAGACCCGACAGACUCGGCGUGAGGAGACCUGAAGAACGCAGACGGAGGAGACGGGAGGACGAACACGAGAGCGCACACACGCUGCAGUUCAGUUUCAUCCUGCGGCCCGUCUUUAAUAACUCCAUCCAGUUCCUGCACUGCCGUCUGCGUCUGUGUGCGUCAGCUGAGGGGCCCUCGAGGGCCACCCCUCGCAUCUGCACAGACGGCCCUCAGAUACCUGCUCUCACACACACCACUGCUUCUCAACAGUGUGAGUACAGGAAUCUCUCUCGGCCCGUGUUGGUCACGUAUUCUGCUGGGUUUUUGGCUCCCCCUGCUGGUAAACUUUCUCAAAAGCCUGCUGAGAUGUCGAAACAGACUCCUGCGCACAGCGAAACAUACGAGAGUCCAGUGUUAAUGGUGGUGUUCUCUGCGUUUGUUAUGGGUUUGUGUCUGAUGGGGGCGCUGUGGUGCAUUUACAGUCACACAGGGAGGCAUGAUAUGAGCCAGAGAGACGGUAUUAUAGAGACCACGCGACAGGACAGUGAAACCCGCCGACACUGAAGGAGCAAACGGGCGGUUUCCACGAGGUGGACUAAAGAUAUCCCUGAUAGCACACGUACAUCAAGGAGACGUCUGUCUGAUGUCUGUAUUUACAUCUGCCAGACGUAUUUUUAAAAAGCGUUUGCUCAUCUACUCGUCUAUGACAUUUCCUAUCAGAUGUCAAAUUGAUGUCUGUUAGAUGUCUUUAAGAUCUUACUGAUUUCGAAUGAAUGUUAAACUGAGAUCUUGCAAACGUCUGUCAGAUAUUUGCAGAUGCUUUCCAGAUCAAGUGAUCUUUAACAGAUGUACGUGUGCUAUCUGAGAAAUGACCAUCAUAUUUGACAGAAACGGUCAAACUUCAUGUGCUUUCUUUAAGGCUGAAUUUGUGUACCACUGUUCUGAGGUGCUUUUAACGUAUUUUACUGGCUGCUUUUGUUGUGCUGCUAAAUGUAACAGCGUAAAUUAUGUAAAACUAUUAUAGAUUUGUCCUUUAAUGUUCAUAAAUUUAUUUCAGUUUCAGUGCUUUAAUUUUUUUUGAAUUUACUGUGUAGUAAUCAUGUUUUAAAGUGUCAGUAUUUAAUAAAGUUAGCCCAGACAGGCUGAUGUGAAGGUUUGGAAAGGAUCUUUUAUUAUGUUGGGUGAAGUCAGUAAAAUACGGACAUCAGCUAAAAUGGGACAAACAAGCUCUUGGUGUUUUGCUCUUUAAAAAAAAUACUAAUAAUAAUGGGUGGUAUUGAAAAUUUGUAAUAAUAGUACUUAAUUUGAACUUCAACAUUUGAUUCGUCAAAACUAAAUCAUAUGGGCGUGGUUAACACUCAGAUGUUAAGUUACAUUAAGUGCCCCGUACAUAGUUUAAGCCUAUUCAAAGUGUUAAGGUUUAAUUUCUAAUACAAACAGUAAUUCAAUCUAUAAUAUAAUUUUGUAUUACAAUGUGAUCAUUAUAUUUUAUGCAGUGAUGUACAUGUUUCUUCAUUCUAUAUUUAAGUUUUGUUACUGUCCCAAUUUACCUGAACAUGUUAGAUAAAAUGAGACUGUAGCACUCAGCUAAAGUGUGACACCCUAUAAAUUAAAAGAUAAUACAUUGCUUAAUGUGAGAAAUUAUUUUGUUUUACAGAAAAUGUCUCAAACUGUAGGCUGAUUUUUUUUUAUAUUUUAUUAUUAAGUUUUUGUGAAUAAAAAGUGUCUUUAAACAAACACAUGCCUGCUCACACCCACUCUUACACACAACAUAAACACACAAAUAUGAAAGCAUGCCACACACACACACACACAACAUGCAAAUAUGAAAGCAUGUCAAACACACACACACAACAUGCAAAUAUAAAAGCAUGUCACAUACGAACACAAUAUGCAAAUAUGAAAGCAUGUGUCACACACACACACAACAUGAACACACCAAUAUGAAAGCAUGUAUUACACACACACUUAAGCACAGUUAAAUACAAACACACAAGCAAGCAUAGAAAUCAUGGCAUUUUUAUACUACACAGUAUAUUGUAUUUCUGCUGAAAUUAUUCAGUUAUUCUCAGUUGGAAUGUUUCAGUUGUUUAAAUUUGUACUUAUGUUCGACUAUUUUAAUAAUUCUUCAAAUUUAUGCUUCUGUUGAAAGGUUUUAACUCAAUAAACAUUCAGCUUUUAUGAGUUCACUAUCAAUAACACAAUCCACUGUAAGAAACUGUAUUUUGUAAGCACAGAUUAAAUACAAAUGUGUCCCAAUUUACCUGAAAAACCC